GCAGAGAGAGGGAGGGUCAACAUGGCGUCCGAGCAGGAGAGCUCCAAUGGACCGGUGAAGCGGACAAUGAGGGAGAAGGCCAUCGAGCGCCGCACCGCCAACAAGGAGCACAACAGCAACUUCAAGGCCGGCUACGUUCCCAUCGAGGAGGAGCGCCUGCACAAGACGGGGCUGCGGGGACGCAAGGGCAACAUGGCCAUCUGCAUCAUUGUCCUGCUCUUCCUGCUGGCUCUCAUCAACCUCAUAAUUACUCUGGUGAUCUGGACAGUCAUUCGUAUAGGCCCCAGUGGCUGUGAUAGCAUGGAGUUCCACGAGAGUGGUCUGCUGCGGUUCAAGCAGAAGGCAGACAUGGGUAUAGUGCACCCUCUUCAGAAGAGCACAGUGGGUGGCAGGAAGGACCAAGACCUGAUCAUCACUGGCAACAAUAACCCGGUAGUGUUUGAGCAAGGAAACACCAAGUUGAGUGUUGAAAAGGAGAAGACAUCCAUCACCAGUGACCUUGGAGUGUCCUUCACUGAUCCCCGGACCCAAACCACGUUCUUUAGCACUGACUAUGACAGACACGAGUUCCACCUGCCCAAAGGAGUAAAAGUGCUUAGUGUCAAAAAGGCUUCAACAGAGAGGAUAACCAGCAAUGCAUCAUCUGACCUGACCAUUAAAGGAGAUGGCAAGGCCAUCGUCCGUGGCAACGAGGGAGUCUACAUCAUGGGGAAGACGGUGGAAUUUCGGAUAGGGGGAGACAUAGAACUGAAGGCUGUAAACAGCAUCGUGCUCAACGGCUCUGUCAUGUUUUCCACCACUCUCAUGCCAAAGUCCUCGGCUAAGGCGGAUUCGUACUUUGAUGACAACAUGAUAAGGUAUAAGCUGUGCAUGUGUGCAGAUGGCACACUGUUCCAGGUCCAGGUCAAGUACCCCAACAUGGGCUGUGCGACAACUAAAAACCCCUGUGGAAUGGCUCACUAAGAGAAAGAGGGAGAGAGAACGAGAGAGUGAAAGAGAAAGAGAAAAAAAUGGACUGCAGCUACUGUUCCUCCCAGUGGGGAUUGCCAUGUUACACACAUCAGUACAUAUCUGUCCAUGCCUAUUUUCAUGUCCCCCUAUUCACUUACCCUCAUGCACACUCAAGAGAGAGAGAGAGACAAAGAAAAACACAUGCCGAUUAGAGUACAUGUUUAACGAGUAAGUUUAUAACUUUAUUUUGUGCCAUUGAGUGUUUUGGCCAAAGAUUUCUAACUGUUUUAGCUUGGUUUCAGUGCCACUAUUUUGUAUUGAUUUGUGAAACACUACCAUGGUUUGUUACCCACAUGCAUUAUUAUUAUCAUCCUGUCCAACGUUUACAAGAGUAGAGAGCUCAAAAGGCUUCUCGUAAGUAGGAAAAUGAAGGGAUUCAUGUAAUAAUACUUUUCUAAUGUUCCAGUGCAGUAUUACAGAUGUGUCACAUCGCUUGCGUCCCACCCUAUCUGUCCGCACACGCACACGCCCAGCCCCAGACACAUACCAGAACUGAUCUGUUACACCUACUUCACUUAUCAACCAUUUUAUGGGCUUCUGUACAUAACUGCUGGCAGCUUUGUGUGGUGUAUAAUCCCAAGUGUGGAUUGGUAAGAAUUUGAUUUUGUUGUGGUGUGUUACCGCAAAAAUGGUCACAGCUAAUGAGUGAUGUUUGUUAAUGUUGACGGGAACGAUGUUGGUUUAGACAUUUGUACAACCGAUAAUAUUUGUCGCUCACUGAUUAUUCAAUACAGCGGUGUUGCUGUCACACGUUCAGUUUAUACGCCUGAAGAGGCAUCUUUCUGUUAUUCCUUUUAAGUUUUAGUUUUUAGCUUGGAAAAAGGUAAUGAUAUUUAUCAGCAGUCUCUCCCUAAACUGGAGAUGUCUGAAAAGGGGCCGCUCACAAUGCCUCACAAUGCCACACUGCUGUCCAUGCUAGUCGUGCCAAAUAUAUGUCCUGUGUGUCAGUGUGGUGAAGGAUGUCACAAGAGCCCAUGUCCAGCAGGUGAAGGAAGUAAUAUAGAGUGUUAAGAUAAAUAAAAUGGUCCCAGGUUACUAUAAGCUCUCACUACAUCAAGAGAUGUUUGUUUUGUUGUUAGUCUUGCUGUUGUUUUGUUGUGUUUUGUACCGUCCUCGACUAGGAUUAUUUUCACUAAAAAGCAACCACUCAUCUCAUUUCGCCUUACGCUGCAAAAAUCAGGAACAUGCACUGCGUUAUUCUAUAUUAUGUUACACUACGACAGAAUCUGUUAUUUUUUAAAAAACGGUCAGUGCACAAAAAGGAGUGUGCUUAUUUUUAAUAUCUUUUGAUAAGAUUAAUGUAGGGGGAAAAAAGAGCGGUGUGGUAUUUUGUGCAAUAUAGCAUUUACCGUUUUAGGGUUUGAUGGCAUUGUUUCAUGUGUGGUAUUUAUUUGAGUUGUCUUUGAUUUGACUUGAAUAAAACAGAAUUAAAC